AGCCACGCAGCGUGAUGCUGCCACCACCACCUGGAAUCUGAAGGAUGACCCCAAAAUAAGGGAGAUGUGCUCUCGCAGAAUAAAAAAAAGAAAAAAAAGAAAAAGAAAAUCAAAGACAGAUUUUUUUUUUUUUUUCAGGCUGAAAGCAUUUAAGUGGCAGCAGCGCGGACAGAGACAGUCUGCCUCUCUCCAGCUUGGUUUCUACUCUACUGAAUUCAGUCCCUGUUUGGUAACGCAGCAUCAAUUUGGCAUUCUCCUACACACUGCAAGAGAAACCUCGGCGGCGUCCAUGCGCAAGAAGAUCCACCAUGAGCUCUGAAAGGCGCUGAGAAGACACAGAGAAGAUGAUGCCCUCCAUUCUCCAGGCGCUCCUCCUGGCAGAGGCCUGCCUCUACGUCUGCGGGGCCCCCACGUACGUCCCCGGCUUCAGCCGGACGCAGGACAGCUCCUGCGAAGAGCGCUGCGCGACAGACCGGGUGGCGCGCACCACAGAGUCCGCCCCCUUGGAGAAAGAGCGCGUUACCAGCUUCAUGCUGGAUGUAGGCGCAGGAGGAGGGACUGGCCCACAUGGAGGGCCGGAGGGGAUAGGUCCAGUGACGCAGGCGAGAAACGGGAUCAGCGCUGGUGGAAGAUUUGGGUUGAGCGAGGCUGGUCGAAAGGAGACCGAGAGCGAACCUGAGGGGGGAGAUGUAGAUCUUGUAAAGGAGGACAAGCCUGUGGGUCCAACAGAUGGGAGACAACAGGUGGACACCGACAUGAACACCCACACGCGGACUUCAGGUAGUUUCUGGGCCUCCAUUGCGCCGCAGACGGACUCUUCCUACAGCCAAAAGAGCAAACAGGGGGGAACAGACGCGACCAAAUCGUCCGCUUUUGAUUCUGGACAGGAUGGAUACUCUGAAGCGACCUUGCAGUCUUCUCCAAACAUUCCCCUCUGGUCCCCCAAACCGGUCUCCCUUAGUCCCGUCCCUCCGUUGGUGCUGGUCACUCCUCGGACUUCCACACAGCCGUCAGCGUGGGGCCACGACAGACCAACGAAAUCCUCGCCUUCAUUUCUCCUUCUACCUGAAAUCGGACCGCUGAACAUGAUGCCCAGAGACGAUGGCCUGGAGAGCCUGUGGACCGAGGCGACGAGACCUGCAGGAGCAGACACGGCGGUCCCGCUCCCUCAGGACGAAGCCACAGAGGCCACCAUGUCUUCAGAGGCCCUGCCUCUGAUCUUCGAGCCAUUCGAAGACGCCACAGAGGAGGGACCGGCCGGAGCAGCAGCGGUGGUCUCCCAGGCACCAGUCGGGUCUCCUGGCGCCAUGGCAACCAGGCUGCCGCCCACGUCAGAGGCGGACCCGGACCAGCUGGUGAACUCUGACCAGAGCGAUGGCCCCUCCAGAGAGCCGCCGGCUCUUCUAUCCGAAUGGACUUCACCUUGGCAGGCGUCUGGCUCGGAGCUGCUGGAGCCGGUCGGCGCCGGAACCGCUGCCUCACUGCGGCAGGUCCAGACUGAGCAGGAGGAAGACCAUCCAGGGACAGGAACUGUGAGGACCACAAACUCUGAAGCAGGAACAUCCAGCCAUAACACAAUAACAACCAUUGCGAGCCAUCAGCUCCUGCACAAAUCCAGAACGGGAAUAGAGGAGAUGGAGUCUGAGGAGGAGCUGGAUGAAGAUGAAGACCAUGAGAACUCUGAGGAGUCGGUGGAAGAAGACAGUGAAGAAGACCUAACAGAAGCGCCAGAAACGUCCUCCACGCAGCCACCGUACAGCCUGAUCCCUCCGCCGCCGGUCUGGGUCCAGCGCAACCAAGGGCUGAUGCGCAGCUGGGCAGAGCUGAUCAGAGAAAAGGCCGGGUAUGUGUCCGGGAUGUUGGCCCCCGUGGGCAUCGGCAUCACCGGGGCCCUGUUGAUCGUCGGCGCCCUCUACAGCAUCCGAAUGCUCCACCGCAAGAGAAGGAACAGCUUCAAACACCAGAGGAGGAAGGCCAGGCAGCCGGAGCAACCCCGGGAGCCUGGCACCAGCUGUCAGGAUCAGGCCAUGCUGCUGGCUGACAGCUCCGAGGAUGAAUUCUGAGAGCAUUCAGGCUUGUUUUUGUGAGCGAUCAUCAGCAGAUGCUCUCCAGCAGGAGCGGUCUGGAAGAUGUCUCCGUCAGCAUCAACCCCAUCAGUCUCGUCUGUUUGGGCACAGCUCAUCUGAUACACACAGAAGAAGAAGAAGGGCACACACUGUUUGCAAUGUAAACAGAGAGUGUGUGUGUGUGUGUAAGUUCCUCAAGUUAUAUACAGUCAUUGCAGAAAGAAGGUGCACAAACUUUCAGUUCUUGAUAUUUAAGUGUACAGAAACACACACCGAUUUUCCACUCUGUCCCAGGUUUUUUAAGCAAAAACGAGGCUAAAAUAUUGUCACGGUAUCGCUCCUUCACAUGACCUAUUGCUGAACCGAAGUUAGUUUCUGAUUCGGGAAAUGGCUAAAGGGGGAUUCCACCUAAUUAUUCACUACCUUCCUCAUCUUUAAUCAACUCUUAGUUACAAAACUACAACACCUAGACACUUCAAACGUGGACUGGAUUAUUCUGCUCUAAUAGCAGAAUAUUUAAAACCAUGUUUGGGAUUUGUGAAUUUUUUUUUUCCUGAUUUGUGAAACUUUAAUAAAGGACAAUUUUUGUCCUUUUUCUCGGUCACACUAGAUCUGCUCUAAUUCAAAACUACAACACCUAGCCACAUCUAGGUUUUGUAGUUUUUUUUUAACUAGAGUUGAUUAAAGAUGCGGAAGGUAGUGAAUAAUUAGGUGGGAUCGCCCUUUAGCCAUUUCCCGCAUCGGAAGCUGGAAUCGGAAAACAACUUCAGCUUUGUUGACCUAUUCGCGCGGCUAACCUAAAGGUCGAGAAAAUGUCUGGAUACAGAGAGGAGUUUGUUGUCCACUAAGCAAUUUUAGGCUGUUCAGAUCUGAAUUAGCAGAAAACGUACCUAUUUGACCAUUCUUCCAUUGGACAUAUCUAAAAUAUUUUAAGAAAAUGCACUUUGGGAAUCUGAAACACUUUGGACUAAUGCUAGAUGUCCAAAUCCAGCCAAUCCAGGAGCGCCUUUCAUUUUUCUUAGGCGCCAAUUGGCUGUAACCAAAAUACAGGAAAUAUGGACGAUUGUAGACGAUUGUAGCUAAAACAGUCUCCAAUGUGGUCUCAACAAAGAACAUCUUAUUAUAAACCUUAACAUUUAACAUCUAGAACUGUAGCUUUUUGGGGGAUUUUGGUAAUUCUCUUGAGCAUUGUAGAGUCUCACCUGGAUUGACAACUGUCCUAAAUGAUGUCUAGUAAUCUUUCUCACUUCAAUUGUGUUUGGCAGAAACUAAAGUUCAAACACUCCCUAAAGCUCUAAGCUGGCGCCUGGCUAUAAAUUAUGUUUGGAACAGAUCAUAAAAGCAAAAUGCUGCUAAAGAUGCUCGUCAUGAAGGGGUCGAAUAAUUUAAAAAUAUGCAUCCGUUAUUAAAAGUGGCAUUUUGUAUUUUAUUUGAUUAUUUAUCAAAUAAAAUAAAUUAUAAAAUAAAUUAUAUAUAUAUAGGAUUACUCAUUUUUGGUUUGCUUAUUACAAAACACAUCUAUUUAAAAAAAAAAAAAAGUGAAUUUCAGUGGGGGUUGCAAACACUGUAGAUCAUUUUGAAUCUGAUAGAGACCGGAUCAUUUCUAAUGUGUUUUCGUAGAUAAAGUUCUGGUUGUGAAAGAGAGCUAACUUUCUUUCUACCAUGAUUGUAGGCUUGGAAAAAUAAACCCAACAGAGUCUUUCACAGUCCAGCCCAAAAUCAUUCAGACUCAUAAUUUAUUAGCAGUAACUAUUCAUAGAAUAUAUUUUUGUCAGCUAUAGAUAAAUGACAAACGGCAAAAAGGGAGACAUUUAAAACAUCCUGUUUUGCAUAUUUAGUUCAGAAUCAUUUACGACUUUUCCUCAAUGUUCAACUUAUUUAGUUUUUUAUAACUUCUGCAUGUUCCUAAUUAUUGGUUUCUUGGAGAAAACCCUGAUCUAAGCAUUUUCUGCACACAGUGUGAUGUUUACCUCCAGAAUCUUUCGCUCGCGAUAGCGUUUUCUUUGACAGGGCUCACGCAGCAGUCUUGUGUCCAAAACAUCUGCUCAGCAGCGAUGAGCAAACACUCGCCCGUUUGUCCCGAUAAAGCUUUUUAAGAACUCGAGGUGAGACUUUUGUUUGCCCGGCUGAGAGGAACGGAGGCCGACCAGUUUACAGAGAUAAGCCCGAUAUGAAAGGCGCGCUGGAGUCGGAGCCUUGAGACGCCGACGCCAAAGCAGAGUUCACACUUCACUGAGGAAGGCCUCGCAGUGACCUGUGGGGUUUUGGAUGCUGAAAAUAUCAGGAGGCCUCCAAAAGCAGUUUAGCAGCUGAGAACCGAAGCAGUCGUGGAAUAACUGAAAACAUAAAAAUAAAAAAAGUAAGAUUUUUACUGCUGCUUUAAUCCUGUCAAUGUAGGAAUUAUGAGAGAAGCUACUUUAAUCAGUUUUCAUCUUUUAUUGCGAGCUUGGUUUUAUAUUUGUGUCAAUAAAAGAAGCAAGAACGUAUAGCUGACUGUAAAUAGCUCACCUGGACACUUUUAGAAUGAUGUCUCAUUCAAUUGGGCCGUUGUAAGAAAAAAAAAACAAACACUAGAAAGCUAUUUCCCAAAAUACGAAACCCUUAUUAAGACCAAUUUGGUGUCGAGAUCAUAUUCACACUAAGGUUUACACACGCAGGGCCUUGCAAAAGUAUUCAUUCAUGUACUUUUUCCACACUUUGUCACGUUUCAGCUACAAACCUCAAUGCAAAUUUUAAUUGUUUACUCUUUUUUUUAACAAAUAAACUUAUAAAAAAUGAAGAAAAGUGUGCAUAUAUGUGUUCAGCCCACUAUAAUCACUAUAAUGAUUAUUGACUGCUGCGUGUUGCUCUGUAAAACUCAGUGACAUUCGAACUGUGGAAAAGCUCAAGGGGUGUGAAUACUUUUGCAAGAAACUGUACUGCUCUGUAAAAAUAAAUAUUCGCUUCUUUAUGAGGAUCAAACUUUUGGUCAGUGGUGACUGUCUGAUGUAACAUUGCUGUAAAAAGCUUUAAAUUGAACCAGUUUUGACAUUGUUGUUUUUAAUCUUUCAACUCUUUCGAGAGAUAAAUAAGCUCAUCUCAUCUCCUUAUGUCAUCAUGAGGAGAUGAAAUGAGCUUAUUGUUACAUUAUUAUUGCUUACAGAAGCAAAAUGUUGGACCUAAAAAAAAAAAAAAGCCUUUGGGGUUCUCUGCUGCUUUCUAUUCAUGAUAAGGAGAUUUAGUUAAAAGUGUCAAUAACUGGAAUUUAAUUUCUACGUGUCAUUUCCAGUGCUGACAUCUGUUGUGUGUUGUAGUUAUGUGAUCUCUUUCAAAGAAACGAUGUCUAGUUUAAAUGAUAUUUUAAAGGAAAUUUAUAUCAAAUUCUUUUGACAGACGUUGCUGGAACAAAGCACAUACCGAACAUCGUCAUUCUAUUUACAACAUGUAGCAUAAAAUACACUCUGAUGUACAAGAUAACUUGUAUGUAAACUCAUCUCCGUUGGACUAUUUUCUCAUCUUUGACCUCCAUGACGCACCGAGGGAGAGCAGAAAGAAAAGAUUAGAUGUUUCCAAAUCUGUGGAGAUUCAGUCUAUUGGCUUAACCCGCUUUUAAAAAGCAGAAUUGUGAACUGGGAUUAAAGAUAUGGGAUGAUUAUAAGCAAUAACCAAUAAGGUCUAAUUAAAACACGUGGAACCUUUCAUCAGUGUGACCUGCUUCCUGCUUGUUUACAUAUUUCUGUUUUAAUGUGAGCGUGAUGUAAAAUGUUUACGGUCUGUAAAUACAAAGAGUUGUGAUCAAAUAAACAUUUCUUGUAGAUGUCUUUUUUUUGUUUAUUGACCACAACAAACCUGUUUUUAAUAAAAAAUAUUUGACUCUUUAAUUUGUUGCCACCUUUUUAAAAAAUGUUUUAGAUGUAAUGUUCAAAGCAAAUAGGAUUUUACUGUGCUGUAUGAAUAAAAUGUACUUUAUCAAAUGA